UUCGACAGCAAUAUACCAUCAAACCACCCCAUCCAUGCCAUCACGGUCGGAGAUCUCCUGGAAUUCACGCAAAGCAUGAAAUACCUAUCCAGUAGGAAUGAUCCCGGAGAUCCCGCUGCCAUUCACUGUCGCAUGGUGUGGCUGUUUGCGUGAGUAUUGUAGUUCGGUGACACUAUUUUUGUCUCGAGUCCCACCUCUACAGCAUGACAUCACGCGUGCCCUUUCAUUCAUGACGUACGGCCACACUGGGUUCCAGACUAGACUAGACUCCCUGGUUGCGACAGUCAGAGGCACCUAUUAAUACUCUUUCACUCCUCAAACACAUAGUAAAUAUCAUCUUCUCAGACACAUCCAAUACUUCUCGCGCUUCUUUCCAUACUAGCUUUAUCAACCCCCAUCUUCUCACACUGCUCAAUUCAACGUGAUGGCGACCGAUAUCGCUACCCGGGAUCUUCGGAAGCCCAUCACGGUUGCCGAGUACCUCUUCCAUCGUUUGCACGAGGUUGGCGUUCGCUCUGUGCAUGGCGUUCCAGGCGACUACAACCUCGCAGCCUUGGACUAUCUGCCAAAGUGUGGCCUCCAUUGGGUGGGCAAUUGCAAUGAACUCAACGCCGGAUAUGCCGCCGACGGCUAUGCUCGGGUCAACGGAAUCGGUGCCCUGAUUACCACCUUCGGCGUGGGUGAGCUUUCAGCGCUCAAUGCCAUCGCUGGUUCGUACUCCGAGUUUGUGCCAGUUGUUCAUAUCGUGGGUCAGCCCAACACCAAGUCUCAGAAGGAUGGCAUGUUGCUGCACCACACCUUGGGAAACGGCGACUUCAAUGUGUUUGCGAAGAUGAGUGCAGGCAUCUCCUGUACCCUCGGUCGCUUGAACGAGACACUGGAGGCUGCAACACUUAUCGACAACGCCAUCCGUGAAUGCUGGAUUCGCAGUCGACCCGUCUACAUCAGUCUCCCCACCGACAUGAUUACCAAGCAAAUUGAAGGUGAUCGCCUCGAAAAACCGCUGGAUCUCUCUCUACCGACAAAUGACCCUGAGAAGGAAGAUUAUGUGGUGGACGUUGUCCUGAAGUACUUGCAUGCUGCGAAGAAACCCGUCAUCCUGGUGGAUGCUUGUGCCAUCCGUCAUCGGGUCCUUGAUGAAGUUCAUGACUUGAUGGAGGCUUCCGGCCUGCCUACCUUCGUGGCUCCGAUGGGCAAGGGAGCAGUAGAUGAGACUCGCCCGAACUACGGCGGUGUGUAUGCUGGCACUGGAUCGAACGCGGGUGUUCGUGAGCAAGUCGAAUCUUCCGAUCUUAUUCUGAGCAUCGGUGCUAUCAAGUCGGACUUUAACACCAGCGGUUUCUCCUAUCACAUCGGACAGCUCAACACCAUUGAUUUCCACAGCACUUAUGUACGUGUACGAUACUCUGAAUAUCCAGAGAUCAACAUGAAGGGAGUUUUGCGCAAAGUCAUCCAGAGGAUGGGUGCUGUCAACGCCGCGCCAGUCCCGCAUCUCUCCAACACGCUUCCUGAGAGCGAGAAAACUUCGAGCAACCAGGAGAUCACGCACGACUGGCUUUGGCCCAAUGUUGGUCAGUGGCUGAAGGAGAAUGAUAUUGUUAUCACCGAGACGGGCACGGCCAACUUUGGCAUCUGGGAAACCCGAUUCCCGGCAAAUGUCACUGCCAUUAGCCAGGUUCUGUGGGGUAGCAUUGGUUACUCGGUUGGGGCGUGUCAGGGUGCUGCACUGGCAGCAAAGGAGCUGGGCAAUCGUCGGACUGUUCUGUUUGUUGGUGACGGAAGUCUUCAGCUCACCGUGCAAGAACUGAGCACUAUGAUCCGAAACAACCUCAAUCCCAUUAUCUUCGUCAUUUGCAAUAACGGAUACACCAUUGAGCGGUACAUCCACGGAUGGGACGAAAGCUACAAUGACAUCCAGCCGUGGGAUAUUGAGGGUCUGCCCCGGGCCUUUGGAGCCAAGGACAAGUACACGGGCUACAAAGUAAAGACGCGGGAUGAGCUGAGGCAGCUAUUUGCAAACCAGGAGUUUGCUUCUGCGCCACACUUGCAAUUGGUGGAGCUUCACAUGCCCCGUGAUGAUGCUCCCGCCGCGUUGAAAAUCACGGCUGAGGCGGCGGCCACCAGAAACAAGUAACGGAGGAUCCCCAGGGCCUUGAGGCAAUCUCGCUUCUUCCUGUUAACGCCUUUCUCCCCUUUCUUUUAGCUUGACCUGUCACUCCUGGAGAGGAACAGACAUGACUCUGAAGCGGUAGUGUAAUUGCAGAAUACGAAAUAUAAUGAAUUCCAGUCAAGUUGUAUGCGCACGUGCCCUUUCCGUAUUGAUGAUUUGGGGUCUUGGGUGGUGCGUUUAGGGAGUCUAGUGCUUAUCAUACAUUCCCAAUGCCAAGGGAAAACAUAGUGGAACUAGCUUGAUAGUCAGCCAGCCAGCCCAACGUGCCGUGUGAGACAGUCCACAGUUGGGGAGGAAUGGCAAGCAGAUAGAUAAACACUUUGGCAACGGAUAGUAGUACAAAUGUAGUUAGUGAGUCUGAGUACGAACCAGCCCAAUUAAGGAGGAAUCAAGUAGGAAA